UCGUCUUCUUCCUGGCUGUGGCCUGUGGCUGGCUUCUUCUGUUCCCCACUUCCUUCCCCCGACCAGACCAAACGGAGCCGAGCCGGCGGUCGGUCGACCAGAACCCUAGUCUUCCCCGGUCAACCCUCGCUGAUUGAUCAAAUCUCCGAAUAGAGUCUCCGUUUCAUCUUCUCGUCAGUCCAAAUCUAUCCAGUUCCAGUUCCAAGACCAAUCCGGCAAUCCCGAUCCGGAUGGGCAAUGGGGCCGAUGGCGAUGCUGCGUCGGCGUCGAGGAGGAGGUGCCCGAAGCACCCCUCGGAGCCGCCCUUUACCGGCUUCUGCUCCGCCUGCCUCCUCGAUAGGCUCCACGCUACCAAUCUUGUUCUGGCCUCCCCACAACCUCUUCCUUACCUUGCCCCGCCGGGCCUGCAGAGCCUGGACCUGGAGGAGGAGGAGCCGUCGCCUCCAUGUUCCACAGCAGGAGCAGGAGCAGGAGCAGGAGCAGGGCGGACCACGCUCCUUCACCUCUUCCAGUUAGAGGACCAAGGAGCAAACCAGCAGGAGCAGGCCUCGACCAGCUGCGGCGACAGCCAAGAUCCGGCCCCCGACCUGCAGCGCAAGCGAUCCCUUCGUCAGUCCUGCAGCGACUGGAUGGCCUGCUGCGACACCUCCGCCGCCGCCAACCACUCCUCCUGCUUCCCCUCCCGCCAGUCCUUGGAUGCCUCCUCCUCCACCACCGCCGCUGCUCCUGCUCAUGUUGCUGCUGCUGCUCCUUGUACGACAACCACUGGCGUUGCUGUGGUCGAGAGGAGGACGGGGAGCCUCAGGUGGAACCAAGUGUGGGCAAUCAGGGGCUUCCUCGCCAAGCCUGCAAGCCGCCAUCUGCUCAACAGGUCCUUCUCCGAGUCCUCGAGGUCAAGGUACGCCCACCACCCGGGCAGUGCCGCCGUUGCAAGUUCCUCCUCAUCACAGUCGCAAGGUAUUCGCCUCAACAGCAGCCACUCCGCGUCUUCCGCUGGGAAUGUUAUGGAGAUAUCACUCCCCGAUGAUUCUGUUGGGCAUUGCCGGCCCCGGCUCAAGAACAGACUCCACUGGCUCCGCCGCAGCCACAGCGUUCACUAUUCUUCACCUACCAGUCUGGUAGAUGCUGGCCUCACUCCUUUCAGAAGCAGAAGCAGAAGCAGAAGCAGAAGCAGCAGCAGCAGGAGCACGGCAGACAAGACCCAACAAGUCAGGCGCCUCAACCUCAACCUCGACCUGUUUGCUGCUGGCUUCUUUGGCACCCAAAGACAUCAACACUGAUCGAUUUUUCCGCUGCCAUACAUACUAGUUAGUUUAUGACAGCAACGUUACACAGCUUGUAGUUGAAUCAGUAAAUUAUAAAUUGUAAACUAGCAUGGUCUCCGGUAAGUUGAUAGUGCAGAUAUUUUUUCUCCCUUCUUUGUACUAUGUAUGUUAAAGAUAGAAUAAAUCGCUCAACUUAGAUACUC